CUCCUCCGUUGCACAUGGGAUCUCUCUUCAUCUUACUGACUUGCCGUAGUCGCCCAGUAUUCGCCAUGAGAGGAUCUGUCAGGUGUUUGACCUCUGUGCCCUCAUACUGGCACCGCUGUUGUGCCGCGUGAGCGCCGCCUCUCCUCCGGCAGUUACUGCACGGCAUGGCCUCUCUGGACCUGCCAUACCGCUGUCCUCGCUGCGGGGAGCACAAGCGCUUCCGAAGCCUGUCAUCCUUGCGUGCCCACCUGGAGUACAACCACACGUACGAGACCCUCUACGUCCUCUCCAAGUCUAACAGUGUAUGUGAUGCCGCUGCUCUGCUGCCACUAGUGGCCGAGGGAGCUCUCCUCACACCUGCCAACAAUAACGACCCCUUCGAGCCCCUCCGGCCUUCGGCUUUAAAGGAGCGACGCUUCCCUUGCCGCGAGCUUCCCUGUGCUGACGACCUGAGUUUGACCCCGGCUAACUCCAACACAGCAGCCAGGUACAUUCCCAAUGUGGAGUUUCCCCUGGGGGAGAUUUUCAUGAAGAAAGCCAUGACAUCCGCGGACCCGGGUCCCCAUGGAAACCCCAGUACAGCUGUAGCAGUGGCAGCUAACGUAGCAGCCAGUGCAGUGGAGGCGGCUUACGAGGAAGGCCUGGCCAGGCUGAAGGCGCGGGCGUUUGAACGUCUGGAGCUGGAUGAAAGGCUGGAGAAGCUGUCAGAGGAGGUGGAGCAGAAAAUAGCGGCCCGUGUAGGUCGUCUUCAGGCGGAGCUGGAGAGGAAGAGCUCCGAGCUGGAGCGGGCCAAGCAGGAGAGCGAGCGGCUGAGCCAGGAGAAACAAGACCUGGAGGACAAGGCCUCCGAACUCUCCAGGCAGGUGGACGUCUCUGUGGAAAUGUUGGCCAACCUCAAACAGGACCUGGUGAACAAGGAGGAGGAGCUCAGUCACAAACAACAGGAAGUGGCCCAGAUCGACCAGUUCCUCCAGGAGACGGCGGCACGUGAGGCCAAUGCCAAAGUGCGGCUGCAGCAGUUCAUCGAGGAGCUGCUGGACCGGGCGGACCGCGCCGAGAAACAGCUGCAGAUCAUCAGCAGCUGCGGCACCACGCCGAACGGCAGCCUGGGACGCUGCAGCCUCCAGGCCUCAAAGGGCAACGGGCGCCAGAGAAACUCCAGCCUCUCUGGGAGCACGAGGGGCAUGUACCAAGUGUCGGAGCGCCGUUCCUCCCCCAGCACAGGAGCGUCGGGGCGGAUCAAGUCGGUCUCGCAGGGCUCUGGAGGUUACGACAGUGACAGCGUGGAGAUGCAUCCCAUGGAGGAGUGUCCCGAGGCUCAGUACUACCACAUGCAGUGCCGGCUGGGCGAGGGGGGUUACGAGCGCUCCCCUGGAUGUGGCGGUGGUGGAUCGAGGAACUGGGGCCUCCGUAAACAGGCCAUCCAGAACUGGCAGCGGCGACCUUACAGGAACAGCACCGAAGGCGAGGAGGGAGACGUGUCGGACGUGGGCUCCCGGACCACCGAGUCCGAGGUGGAGAUGUGGGAACAGGAGAGGAGAGCCGUGGCGGAGGUCCAGCAGUCUUCCGCUCCCUAUCCCCACCACGGCAGGGCAGGAUAUCGCCCUAACACAGGUCGGUCCGAUGGAGUAUACAAGCCAUGCCGCCAUGAAAAGAGCCCAUCCAAAUCCAACGAGGUGAUCAGUCCAGAGAUCCUGAAGAUGCGCGCAGCUCUCUUCUGCAUCUUCACCUACCUGGACACCAAAACCCUGCUGAGAGCAGCCGAGGUCUGCCGCGACUGGAAGUUUGUGGCCCGUCACCCGGCUGUGUGGACCAGGGUGCUGCUGGAGAACGCUCGCAUCUCUUCCAAGUUCCUGAGCAUAUUGUCUCAGUGGUGCACUCAGACGCACUCCCUCAUCCUGCAAAACCUCAAACCAAGACAGCGGGGAAAGAAGGAGACCAAGGAGGACUACCUGAAAAGCACACGUGGCUGUCUGGAGGAAGGUCUGGAGGCGUUGUUAAAGGCCACAGGAAGUAACCUGCUGAUACUGAAGAUUUCACACUGCCCCAACCUGCUGACCGAUCGCUCCCUCUGGCUGGCCAGCUGCUACUGCCGAGCUCUGCAGGCUGUGACCUACAGGAGUGCCACGGACCCAGUUGGCCAGGAGGUGAUCUGGGCCCUCGGAGCGGGUUGUAGAGACAUCAUCUCCCUACAGGUGGCGCCACUGCACCCAUGUCAACAACCUGCUCGUUUCAGUAACCGGUGCCUGCAGACGAUUGGAAGAUGUUGGCCACACCUCCGUGCUCUCGGCGUGGGUGGAGCUGGAUGUGGCAUUCAGGGUCUGGCCUCCCUAGCGAGGAACUGCAUGCGCUUGCAGGUGCUCGAGUUGGAUCAUGUGAGCGAGAUCAACCAGGAGGUGGCGGCAGAGGUUUGCAGAGAGGGCUUGAAAGGCCUGGAAAUGCUGGUGCUCACAUCAACGCCAGUCACUCCCAAAGCCCUGCUCCAUUUCAACAGUGUUUGCCGCAACCUGAAAUCCAUCGUGGUCCAGAUCGGUAUAGAAGACUACUUUGAGGACCCCAACAGCCCUGAAGCCAGAAAAUUAUUUGAUGAGAUGGUGAACAAGCUGCAGGCUCUAAAGAAGAGACCGGGCUUCUCCAAAAUCCUCCAUGUGAAAGCAGACAGUCUCUGCUAACGUCUUUUGAGCAGAUCCUUCAAGCCUGGAGAGGCGCCAUCUUGGCUGCUGUCGAUCAAAAAGACCCAGCUGUUUUGAGCCCACUCCAAGGGGUUGAAUACGUCUGCGGCACAGACAGAAACAACAGAAGAUCGGCAUGAUGAGCCAAGGCCGAGGCUCAAUGUGCAUAGUCCACUAAUACAACCUUCAAACAGAAAAAAGAAAAAAAAAAAAAACUCAUUCCAGUUAGGGGAAAUCAAUGUUUCCUUCAUGUUGGUUAUGACUGAAACCAGUCUGGAGGCUCAUUUGGACUUACGAUGCCGCUGUAUACCACAACGAGGGCCUGUCUUUCACUUUGCAGAUUCCAAUAAUCCAACGAAACUGUCAGAUCCUCUUUUUCAGUCGUCGCUCGUUUUAACACAAAAAUGGAUCGUGUCGCCGCACAGAGUCAGAUCCCUUUCUCGGAGCGCCUGGAGCCAGGUGACAGCGCUGUAUUUAACUGUCUGCAUCCACACAAGGUUUGACAUAUACUUGAGACUACCUUCAGCACCAACAGCUCGUGGGCGGGGAGCACAUUAUAAAGCAUACAUACUUUCCGCUGAAGUGCAAGGUUAAGUGUUCUUGAGACGGGAGCUUGACGUAUGCGCGUGUGCACAUUGAAUAAAUGGGUUUUCAUCCUGCCUGCUCCUGCAGUAACUGUGCUCCGGAGCAGGACAAACGGACGACUUUCAACACUUUUACCGCUUCCACCCUGGACAGAAAACCUGCUGCAGCAGCUCCGGGCUCAGCGGGGGAGAGAGAAAGCGAGGACGGCGCUCCCUGCACACACACAGACCUUGACAGUCUUCUAGCCAACUGCAUGGCAACGAUGCAUUUAGCCUCUUCUACCAUCCUCUGCUUCCUCGUGCGAUCGGAUUCUCGUCACAAACCUGGACUCUGUGUUUUUCUCGGUGGUCGUAGUUUCUCCCCCUGACGGAAGAUGGCCCAUAAUGCAUUUCUCUCCAAAAAAACAAACGAACAAACAAAAAAAAAAAAACUGGUGCCAUUUGUAACAGUGUGCGUCCUCAUUCCAGUGAGCAUUUUCUCCAAUGUGCCAUUAAUGAACGAGAAAGGGCCCAUGUGAGGCGGAUAUUUAAUGUCUUGAAGUCAUAAGUAACAUUAUUGGAAUUUGAUUUGAUUGAUGAGGGUGUUGUGUUUCAUAUGUGACAUGGUCGCCAGGUGUAUACAGGUGUUAGUGUUUCUAUAUCAUGUGAGUUUCAUACUUCAUACUUCAACAGUGCCAUUCCUAGUACUAGCAGCUGAGGCCCUGAUAAAUCCUGAUUUAUAUUUCUCUGCUGACAUCCUCUGGCUCCCUCUGCUGGUGUAUCUGAGCACCUACACAACCAGCAGCCAGCUGGUGAGAUAUGACACUUUGUACUUACUGCAUCAUGGAACAUGUGUCACCUUUACUGUCUUACCAGACUCAAAGCCAAAGGGAUCAGGUCUUCAGUAUCACCUUCAGGUUAGGAAUUUGAUUUGGUGCGAUUUGAGGCUGCAGAAAUGCAGUGAAGGGUAUGUUGCAGAUGUUUCUUAAGAAGUAUAAGUUGCAAUACUUCAAAACUUAAAGGAAGGUUCCAGUGUUUUUAGAAAUCAAGAUCAAUUUAUUAUUCAUAAGGAGCAGAACUCAUUCUGCGAAAACGGCUGUAUCAGCUCUGAUCAUCUGUGACUCUCGAUGAGCUCCGUCAGAGAAGAAAACAUUCAUAACAUUAUCAGGAAUCUACAAACUCAGAGCAGAGAAACCUGCAUAUCAGGGCUCUUGUGUGUAGUUGGAAAAAUGUGUAGAGAUGUGUUUACAAGGAAUAGAGCAUGGCUGCCCAAAGUCGAUCCUCCACAAGGUUCAGUUUUGCCCUGCCAGAUGUGUCGGGUGAAAAAAAACAAAAAUAUUUAGAAAUGAUAGUAUGUUAUGAGUCAAAAUGCUCUUCGAAUAUGACGGAUCAAGAAUUAUUGAUUAUCUUUUCAUAAUCGAUUCAGUCCAAUCAGCAAAUUUGGAUCGUAGAACAAUUUGUAGAAUCUUAAUAAUAAAGUAGGUAUUUGUAUGGAAGUCCAUUCAGCCGGUUAAAGAUGAGAGAAAAAGAUGAAAACUAAGAAAAUGAAAAAAAUAUUCUCAUGAGUCAUAACUAUCAGAUAAUGGGUGGAUACGUAAGAGAGAGAAAUUAUGAGAUGAAAAGUUGAAAUCACGAGGCAAAGUCAUAAUUAUGAGAUUGUCUUUUAAAGUCGAAAUUACGAAUAAAGUCAUAAUUAUUAUAAUUAUGAGAUAAAAAGUUAACAUGUAUCUUGUAAUUAUGACAUACCGUGGCAACUCAUCAACGCUCCAAGUUUCCAUGCAUGUCUUUUCUUUAACUGGCUGAGAUUGGCUUCAUUGUGUUUGCUGCUGGCCGGUGGCCCACCGUGAAGUUUCAGUUUUGGCCCUCUGAGGGAAAAAGUUUGGGCACCCCGGGCAUAGAGGGUCCAGAUAUGUGGGAAGGGUUAGCAUCCAGAGUUGGUGCAGUCAUCCCCCAUCAAGGGACCAAAAUUCAGGAUUUUUCUGCCUCUGCUGCGUUUUGUAAUUAGCCUUCUUGCAAGUCCCCAAACAUUAUGAAGUGCAAUACUAGAUAACUGUUGAACAGUAACCCCCCGUUAGACACAUGCAAUCACUUUGAUUCAAAGAAAUCGUGCACACCGUCAUGAAACGCGCCAGGCAGAGCAUCACGUCUCCCCCGGCGACACUGUUUUACCACAGGUCCCUUAACAAGUUGUUCAUUUGAACCCGGCACACUCCAUUUGUCACAACAAGCAACAAGCCCCGUCUCUUUCAACACAGUCUUAACAGUCGAGUGUGCAGCGGAGCGCGGUGACAGUUUCCAGGGAUGCUGGGCCGGCGUUUAAAAUUCAAAAAACUCUCGCCAACAAGGAGAGCUGCUUUUUUUUUCCCCGCUCUCCGCUUCAAAGUCGGAAAACGCUCACGAGGACUUGUGUAGCUGCAUAUUGUAGUGACGAUGUUCCGGGUCAGUGUGUGUGAGAUGGGUCGUGGAUGUCCAUUUCUUCAUGAUCUUCCAGUACUGAUUAUUCUUAUUAUCCUACACUGGUCGGUUUUCACUGAGGGGAAAUAAUGUUCAAAAGGUGUAAAAAAAAAAAUAAAAAAAAAAUAGACACAAUAGAGAAAACACAAAGCACUUGUUGAUUUUGAGUUUUAGACAAUCCUGCCUUCGCUAUCAGCUACUCUGUACAUAAUGUUUGUAUAAAAAAUGAAAAAAAAAAACAGCUACAAAAAGGAGAAAAAAAAAAGACCAACAUUUGAUGUUAUAUAAUAUUACGGUCUUACUUCUGAGUGGAAACGGUGGAAGUUUACAGGUUGUUCUGUAAGCAUUUUCUCUCCAAAGUUGAAUGAAAGAUAAAUAUAGAGAACUAUAUUAUGUAUAACAGUAGUGUUGAAAUUGCAGUUGUGUAUUAGAUACUUUAUAUUAAAUGUGCAUCAGAGUCAUAUAGAGAUGGAAAUUAUUUAAGAAGAGGAUAAAGACGAUUAUUCAGCUAUUUAUUUCUAUAGAAAAAGAGCGAUGUGUAUAAUGUUGGCAUGUUUGUGUUCGAGCAUCAAUCAUUAAGUUGCCUUCUUAACUGUUCUGCUACUGUGACGAGAAAAUUAUUAGAUGUUUAAAGAGCUUUGAUUGCCUGCAGGUUUAAUAACGUUUCUCUUUAUUUGAUCCAGUCUGUUGUUGCACUAGUGAGAAAAAAAAAAAGAAGAUAUUUCAGAUGUUUAUUAUAAGAGUGUUGUUUUUAAUGUUCAGCUAUUUCUCAGUAUUUGACAAAAAUAUGAUGCACUUUUUUUCCUGAACACUUUUAAUCGGCCUGCCAGUUCAUCCGUCGGCGGGACGAACGCCUGGCCGGCGGGGUUUUUUUUUCUGUCGUGGUAAUGAAACCAACACACAUGUUCGGUUUCAUCGGAAGGGAGAUCUUGGGGGAAAGAAAAAAAACAAACAAAAAAAUGAGCGAUUACAUAUGAACUUCUGUGACUCAACAGACGUGCGGUUAGCCUCUUUUCUCUUACAGCGUCUCUCAUAUCUCAUCGGUUGGGAAGUUAACGAUUGAAACCGAUUCAACGACAUUGAAGUGCAUUUUUUCCCGGUUCAUUUGCCAGACGACCUUAUGCUCACCUUUUUGCAUUCGUUGCUGUCUUUUUGUUUUCAGCUCUGCAUUAUUGUUACUGUAGAUUUCCCGCUCAUACCAACAUUUACAUUUGCUUUAUUGUGAAAAUGGACCUGCUGAAGAUGUUCCAGAGCCUGUGAGCUCUGAGAACUGCAGACUAGAGGUGCCAAGUACGCCAGAAUAUAACUUUUUGGCUUACAUCUCCAUUCUCUGCCUCUCCGAAUAUAAAGCAGAAUAACUUUCUGAUUUAUUUAUUUUUUAAUUCAGAAGCUGAAACAUCACUUAUAAACCAGGUGUUUCCUCAAUUCAUUUCCUUAUUUAAUACUUCAAAAUAAGUCUUAUUCCUGCUCUGUUGCAGUAAAACACCCAUGUAUAUCAUACAGUGCAAUUAAAAAGCGGUGUCUGAGUGUUCAUGUACCUCUCUGUACAUAUUUUAUGUAUGAAUGAUUGUACUCUGCCCAUUCAUCUGAAUAGUAAUUUACACAUUACCUCAACACUUAUCUGGGCAAUUAAGUGUGCGUCUGUCUUUGUACUCAUUCAUUUCUCGACUGCCAUCGACAGGUAUGCCAAUCGGCCCGCGAUCUUCAUCCAUGUUUCCUACGAACGACACAGUGGAUUCUGUUUGCUGAAAAAACUUUCCCGAAAAGACGAUCAGCCUUCUGUAAUGACUGCAAUAGAUGGAAAUGUUUUACUACUCAUUUUCACUCAUUUGUUGUCAUCAAUAAAAUUGCUUUAAAUUGUA